AUGUGGGCGGGAAGUAAAACGAGCCGCAUCGCGUGCUUCACACGCGACGCGUUUCGUCGCACUCAGCUGAUUGCUGUCAUGGAGGAAGAGAUGUGCUCGCUCGUUUACAAACUCGAGCAGAAGUACCUGGACGAUGACGACGCCUACAUGGAUCAAGAUCUUGUGCUCACUAAUUUUACUGGGAGCUCACCAUGUAAGAUGGCCAGUAAACGUGCUCUCGAAUUGGUCGUGCUGAACAAUGCCAAUAUUUCACAUUUGGGUGAUGUCACACAGGUUUCAACGCUCAUGCAGCAUGUCGCUGAGGCCGAUCUUGCCUGGAAUAGGAUACGAUGGGAUUGUGUGGUGGCUUUGCUUAAACACCUACCACGGCUGCGUACACUAAACCUCAGUUAUAACCCGUUGGAUGAUGAGAUUGCCGUUGACCUGCCGCCGGCUCCACUAUUACACACACUGAUUUUGAAUGGAACAAAUCUUUCACUCGAUUCACUGUCAGUAAUCCUGAAAAACACCCCCUCAUUGCAAGAAUUGCAUCUGUCAGACAAUAAACUUGAUCUUUCGUCUGAUGACAUGUCACCGAUGAACGAGACGGUGAAGACAAUCCACUUGAACAGGUGUCGUAUUGAUGAUUGGGGUCUAAUCGUUCGUCUGAUGCAUCGAUUUCCCAGUCGUAAGACGGUGUUUCUUUGUGAGAAUCCGAUAAAAAAAGUCGCACAUCAGCCGUCCAACGAUGAACUGACGACACUCGAAUCGUUGAAUCUCGCCAAGACGGAAAUCUCCGACUGGGACAGCAUCGAUAAUCUGGAUCGGUUGCCAUCAUUGACAGAUCUACGAGUACUUGCCAUUCCAUUGUUGGAAUCGCUGACGGAAGAGGAACGAACUCAUCUGGUCAUUGCCCGAGUUCGUAAUCUUCGUGUACUGAAUGGGUCGAUCAUUACACCCGAGCAACGGGAGCAAUCUGAGCGUUACUUUAUUCGUUAUUAUCAGGUUCGUCUUUUGUUUGCGUUCGCCUCGUCCAGAUGGCCUUUGUCGGCGUCUUUUGACGCAGCAGGAAAGCCGCCCGUCGUCAUUCUACACCCAUUACAGGAUCGAGACGAUAAACCGCACCAUUACAAGCGUCUCAUAGAAAAACAUGGCCAUGUCGAACGACUGGCUAAAGUAGAUCUUACACCUAAAUCGACUGCUCACGUGCAGGUGCUUUGCGAGGAGACCAACUAUCAAGCCAAACUCCGUAUCAAUCUUAACAAAAGCGUCGGACAACUGAUGAAAUCGCUGGAGAAGCAGUGUGGCAUACCGUAUUCACGGCUACGAAUGUUUCUCACGACGAAGGAUGGCUGGGUUGAGGAGUUCCGAUAUCCUGGCAUGUCAUUGCACAGUUAUCGUAUCGAAGACGAUGACGUUCUCAAUUUGCAGUCAAAGAUUGUCUCCACACGUCGCCGACCAUUACACAAGACCGGCACAUGA